UAGCGUUACAGUUCAAUAUUUAAAGAAUCAAUAUUUUUCCUCACUAUUAUAUUCCCCAUUGGUCAUCUGGUAUCUAUAAAUAUAUGAAGCCAGAACAAAGUAUUAUAAGCUGUAUAUGCAAAUUCCAUUUUCAGAAAGAAAAAAGAAAAAGCAUAAUCGAACGAGAAAAUUAAUAAAAAAAAUAUAAAUUAAUUAUGUCGAAUAUAAUUCACAAGAUAGAGGAGGCCUUCCACAUUGGCCACAAUAAGGAGGAGAAGCAUCAUGAAGGUGAGCACUCCAAGAAAGAAGAAGAAUAUUCCGGCGAGCACAAGGCGGCGGAUAAGUGUGGCGGCAAGAAAGAAGAAUCCGGCGAGCACAGCGUCGGGCAUGGGGAGCAUAUGAAGGAGUUCAUGCACAAAAUCAAGAAGAAGAUUGGCGGCGGCGGCGGCAAAAAACAUAAAAGCAAAGGUCAUAAAGAAGGAGAUCAGGGAUACAAAGAGGGCAAAGGAGGAGAAGGAAAAGAAGGAGGAGACGAAGAAGAAGAAGAGAGAGAAAACGAGAGUGAGAGUGAAAGCGAAAGCGAGAGCGAGAGCGAGAGCGAAGAAGAAGAAGAAGAAGACGAAGAAUGAGGUGGUGGCCGGAUUUUAGUACGAGUUUUAAUAUGAGAUGUUUUACACCCGGGGUACGGUGAUUUUACACUAUAGAGUCAUAUAAAUAAUUACCCAGUAAACACAUAUAUAUGGGUGCGUGUGUGUUUUUAUGUGCAGAUAAAUGGUAUAGAAUCAUCUGGUCUAUUAAACCGCAAGAGUGUGAGUUUUUUUUUUUAGUAGUGAUUUUGUAUUUAUUGUAUAUUUAAUUGUUGGGUUUGUUGAUUGAUAUAGUGUGUUUGUGUGAA